AUGUCCAUCAAACUUUGGGGUUCCGUGACAUCUGCUUGUACCCACAGAGUGCUAAUCACUCUCAAUGAACUUGGGCUCAAAUACGACUUGACUCAAAUUAAUCUCAUGAAGGGAGAACAAAAGAAUCCCAUCUACGUCAAGGAACGACACCCGUUUGGCCGCAUUCCCGUCAUUCAAGAUGGAGAUCUUCAACUCUUCGAAUCCCGAGCUAUUUGCCGCUAUCUCGUCACCAAGUACGGCGGCCCCUCUAGCCCUCUUGAUGCCGUCGCGAGCGGUGACCCAGUUAAGAUUGCAAAGUUUGAGAAGGCUCUCAGUAUUGACUACUCCUACUUUGACCCCUCCGUCAAGACAUUGUGCAACGAGAAGCUGUGGAAGAACCCGGCUGAGCCCGCCAACCCUCUUGAGGAAGACAAGGCAACUACAAUGUUCAAAAUUGCACUUGACUAUUACGAAGACUUCCUGGGCUCCAACGCUUACCUAGCUGGAAAUGACUUCAGCCUUACUGACGUCCAUGUCUUCACCUGGAUGCCUUACAUCAAGUUGCUCGGUUUGUACGAAGAAAUUGCUGCGAGGCCAAAGGUUGAAGACUUGUGGAAGCGUGUGUCGAGCCGCUCAGCCUGGAAGUCUGCUCUGAAGGAUAUGCCGCAGUAG